AUGGCGAAACGAGAAGCAAGAUUCAGCACCGAUGUGCUGAUCGACACCACGCCUAUGCCCGACCACAUCCCUAAAGUCGAGGAGAUCGGAGCCAGUUCAGCGCCCCUCUUGAGCGCGUCUUUCUUCAUUGGGGCAAGAUGUCGGCCUUACAACGAUGACUACAUGCAGUGCAAAACAGAGGCAUACGGUCGAGGAGAGUUGGAUUGUAUGCGGGAAGGGAGGAAAGUCACAAGAUGUGCAGCGAGCGUAUUGUCCGAUAUCAACAAGAAUUGCUUGGAGGAGUUUCGAGCACACUGGAGCUGUCUGGAGAACAACAACCACCAACUGUGGCAAUGUCGACGGCCAGAGCGCGUGCUCAACAGAUGUGUUUUCCAGAAAAUCGGCUUGGAGAAGACUAUUCCCGAUACACCAAAGGGACAGACGCCGAUCCAUCUCCGGGAUAAGCAGCUUUUUGCAGACACUCCACAGGUUGUCAUGCCGUGGGAGAAGGAUGUCGGGGUUAGAAAGAAGGACGCCGCUCAACCACAAUAA